UUUGAAAGCACAUAUUGGUGGCUGUAAUGAAGUCAUUAGAAUCCAGUGAGAGUGAUUCCGAGGAGUUGCCAACUUUUUCCUUUCUGAAGAAGGAACCAUCUUCAACAGAGAGGAGGCAGCCUCAAAGGGCAGAGAAGAUUGUAGUGAUUGACUCCUCAGAUUCUGAGGCCUCCUGUCCUUUAUCACCAGGAUUGAAAGAUCCACCACCUGUCUCAGACACUGAUGAAACUCUCACACAAACAAAACCAGUCGGAGUACUAAGUAGUGGAAGUGAGAGCGAAGAGGAAUUUGUUCCCCUAGCUGAGAGGCUUAAGUGUAAGUUUUUGACCUACAAGCAGUUGAACUCUGAACACUCUAGUUCCCCAGUUAAAAGUGUUUUGAAUCAUCAAAAUAAUGAAGAAGCAUCAAGUGACUGGAAAAAACAGCCCUUUUCAAAGAUCCCUGACGUUUCCCUCCAUGUUACCUUAAAGAGGAGUGUACUAGGUAACCAGGACCCUGUCUUAGACAAUCCAUGCAUUCAGCCUCCAGCCUACCAGUUUACCCACCUUGUUCAGAACAAUAGCCUGGAAGUAACCAAAACAAAUUCUGAUGUCCCCCAGCCCCAGAAGAGAACCAAGCACAGGAAGAAUGUUCCAAGAAGAGACUUGCAGAGAUGCCAGCUGCAGGAAAAAGCAGGCCAGAAGGAAAGCACCCCAAGACAACAGGAAAAAAAGAAGGCAACGCUGGUCAACAGGCUGAAAGCCCAGAGGCCAGAGGAAUGCUUAAAGCACAUCGUUGUGGUGCUGGAUCCAGUGCUUUUACAGAUGGAAGGUGGGGGCCAGCUCCUGGGAGCUCUGCAGUCCAUGGAGUGCUGCUGUGCAAUUGAAGCACAGGCUGUGCCUUGCAGUAUCACUUGGAGGAGACGGGCAGGAUUGGCUGAGGAUGAAGAGGACUGGGUGGAGGAGCAGACAGUCCUUGUGUUACUCCUGGCAGAAGCUUUUAUGUCCAUGAUCUGCAACUUUAAGCAGGGAAGUCCAGGCAGUGCCAGAAAAGGGAAGGACACACUUCAAGGCUUUGUAACUGAUGUCACAGCAAAGACAGCAGGGAAAGCUGUAUCGUUGGUGAUUGUGGAUCAUGAGAAAUGCUUCAGUCUGGAGGUGCUGUCCUUUACUUUGCUCCCCUGCUCCAGGGCUCAGAAUCCUCCAAGGAGAAGGAAACAGGGAGCGUCAAGUAAACAGGCCAAGGAGAAGCAGCAGAGACGAGAGCCCAGCACAGGGCCUGUGGUGUCCAGGGUAGAAGUGGAAGAGGCAUUGGUGGAUCUGCAGCUACAUACCGAAGCCCAGGUUCAGAUUGUGCAGAGCUGGAAAGAACUGGCUGACUUCGCCUGCACAUUCACAAAGGCCGUGGCUGAGGCACCCUUCAAGACACUCCGAGAUGAAAACAGCUUCUCCUUCUGCCUGGAGAGCGACUGGGCUGGAGGGGUGAAGGUAGACCGCACUGGCAGGGGACUGGCACUAGUCUGGAGAAGACAGAUUCAGCAGCUGAACCGAGUCAGCCUGGAAAUAGCCAGCGCUAUUGUGGAUACCUAUCCCUCCCCAAGGCUCCUGGUAGAGGCUUAUCAGCGGUGUUUUUCGGAGCAAGAACGCCAGAAUUUGCUGGCAGACAUACAGGUGCGCCGAGGGGAAGGAGUGACGUCCACCUCCCGCCGUAUUGGGCCAGAGGUGUCUAGGCGUGUCUACCUUCAGAUGACCAGUUUGCAGCCAGAUCUCACUUUAGAUAGUGCUGACUGAUGCUAGUCCACAGGGACAAGGAUAAAAUGCUGAUUUCUACCUCCUCAACCUUAGAACCUAACUGGAAGCACCUCCUGAGGCCUAGCCAGGGGGUGGCCCAGUCUCUCCUUACUUGUCGUAUUCCCUGUGAACUCAGGGCAGAAGGCCAAG